UAAUCGUAUUUAAAUACAGUAGUUAAAUAGUAAUUAGGUAUAGUUGACCCAUUUUGUAAAUUGCAUCAAGGUUUAAAUGGUGUAUGUGAGACUAAAAGUAAAUGCAUCACAUAUUGUUGAAAUUAGAUAGAGUUUUAUCGUUGUGAAAGUAUUUUGAAACUUUUCUGACAAAUAUAACAAAUAUUGAACUAUUUAAUUAACAAACCGACUUACCAGGAUAAUAUGCCAUAUUCUGUGGUUAUUUGGAAACGUGGGAGUAACGUGAUAGACAUUGCAGGACUGAAACCGGACGAUCUCAUUUAUCUCCAAAAGAUUCCAUGCUUGUCAAAUAGGCUGGAAGUGGAUUCGGAAGGUUGGAUUCAUCCGAUUUGGUCCAGCGUCUGCAAACGUGUUUCAAUCCUCCGUAAAGCCUACCGUUAUACUGACAGCUUUGGAAGUGUUGGGGUUUAAAGUCGUUACAACCACUGCUACAAAUGUUAAUAUGCUAACCAACAAGUUGACCACAACGACUACGGAGUACAGUUGGACCCUUCGGAGAGAGUUUAGUGAACCGGAACCUCAAGAUUAGUUAGUAGUCUGGUGAAAGAACUAGAGUUAAAAUCACAAAUUUCUCGAGGGGUACACAUAGCUAUUCUAGGUCAGUGAAAGCAGCUUUAGCAGUAGAGAAAGCUGUCUAUUUCAGCAAUCAUCAGGUUUAACAGUUACCGUCCUUGUCAUCUCAUAUGCAAAGAUUAAGUUAAUGUUAAUUUUAGAAAUAGCGUAAAAUAAUUUGGCACAAUGAGUGAAAGUCGAGGAAAGUUAAGCACUGUAGAUCAUCACCACUCCGAUGGAGGUUGCGCAUCUUGCAAUAUCAAGCCAGCAAAUCCCAGCGUGCAUCAGAACCUUGAUGAGCUAUCGUUCGAACGAAGCAUUUUUCAAGCAGCAAUCGACAAUAACGUCACCAAGAUUAUGACUUUCUCCAAAUCUGGGGGGUUUGAUGUCAAUGCAACAGAUAACUAUGGAUAUGCUGCCUUACACUAUGCAUCUCGAAAUGGAUGCAUGGAUGCCGCAAAAGCUCUGAUAAAGCUUGGUGCAAAGGUCAACCUGCCCACAUGCAACCUAAGGGCGACCCCCUUGCAUCGAGCAGUGACUGCAAAUAAAAUCGAAAUGGUCAGAUUUUUAAUAUCCGCUGGAGCUGAUCCGGAAUUGCUCGACAGCGACGGACUUUCACCCAAGGACAGAGCAGCCAAAGACAAACGAACCCAAAUUAUUGAAAUAUUACAGAAUAGAAAAUAAAAGUAGAGAAAUAAUUUACAACACAAAGUGUACUUAUGCCAAAAAAACUGCACACAAACUAGUUAAAAUUAGCAGUAAGAAACAGUAUUGAUUAAGUAUAUGAAACUGAAUCUCCAGUAUGUUCAAUUUAUUUAUAAUUCUCUGUAUAUUCCAUCACAUUAAUAAUUUGAUGUUUCCGUGAAAUAAUGUGUUACCAAAAUGUGUCUCAGCCUUUAACUUUAAGAAAUACCAAAUGUUGCUUUUAUAAAAUUUUAUAACCAGUCAAAACUGAAAACUUUGUAUAGUACAACAAUUUUGCAUACAAAUAAAGUCCUUUGUACGGA